UGGUUGAGUAUUGGCAUUUUAUAUGCCCCCUGCAACGAGAUGAUCUCCACGGCAGCUUUGCAGACCAAUCCGUGGGAGCUGGUGAUAACCACCGUAGCAGCGUACACUGCCUACUGCCUCGUCGAAGCUAUCUAUCGAGUGUAUUUUCACCCGCUGGCACGGUUUUCAGGGCCCUGGAAGGCCAAGAUCUCGGAGGGAUGGUUCUCCGACAUAGCCCCCAGCGGGUUCGCCGAGCGGACCCUGGCUGUCCAGCAUGAUCGAUACAAAACGACUGCCCUCCGCGUCGCUCCCAACCAGCUCCACAUUACUGAUCCCGACGCCUACAAAGUCAUCUAUAACCAGACAGCGCCCUUCCCCAAGGAUGCCGACUAUUACGGCACAUACAACACGCCGCACUCUCUUUUUACAGAAUGCGAUCCCGCUCUCCACCGCGAGCUGCGCAAGCGUCUUAGUCCGAUGUUCUCCCGCGUCGGGGUCACUAAGCUUGAGCCUAUCAUCCACGAGAAGCUGCGUUUGAUGACCGAGAAGAUUACUCGUUUGAGCAAGAAUGGACCCAUUGAAAUGAACUACGCUCUCCGAGGCCUCACAGUAGACAUAAUCAGCGAAUUCGCCUUCGGCGAAUCCCGCAACGUGAUGCAAUCGAGCGAAACCUCCUUCGCCGCCCGCUUUCUCUCCGCCUUCGAUGAAAGCAUCGACCUGCCCAUUAAAAACUACUACGGCGGCUUCCUGCGCCGGCGUCUCUCACGCAUCAUCCCUCUCUCUGUCUUCGCAAAGAUCGACCCCACCGCCGCCGUGCUACACGAGAUCUUCGUCUUUGCCGAGUCCUGCGCGCGCGCCUACAGCGCCCAGGCAGCCGGCGCGGGUGGAACCGCCCAGCACAGCAAACCCCAUCCGAUUGUGUUUGAUGCGCUGCAGGGCUUGCCUGAGUGGCGUACCCGAUACGAGUCUAUGGAUAUGAUUGUUGCGGGGUCGGAUACGACGGCUUGGACGCUGACGACGGUGUUGUUUCAUGUGCUGAGGCGGGAGGAUGUUAAGAGGAGGAUUGAGGAGGCUGCUAGGAGGGCGUUGCCGGAUUUGGAGAGCAUACCGAGUUAUGUUGAGCUGGAGAAGGAUGAGUAUUUGUUCGCCUGCGUCAAAGAAGCCCUCCGCCUAGGCACCCCCGUCCCGGGCGUCCUACCCCGGAUUGUACCAAGUGGUACUCCCUUCCAAGUUGAAGGAAAGAUCGUCCCUCCGGGUACCAUCGUAGGCAUGUCCGCCUACACAAUGCACCUCUCGACCUCCAUCUGGGGCCCCGACGCCAGCGUCUUCAACCCAGAUAGAUGGCUACAGCCUGGCGGCAAAGAUAUGGAUCAGUACUUUGUGCCGUUUAGUAAGGGCACGCGGUCGUGUAUUGGGAUGAAUCUCGCCUACGCCGAAACCAUCAUCGUCAUGACAUACCUCUUCCGCAUGUUCGACAUGAAGCUCGUGUCGAAGGAGCCGCGCGUCAGGGAGAUGUUCAUCCAGAUGCCGGAUUUGCCGUGCUGCUUGGUGGAGUUUACACCGCGGGAUGGUGAUGCUUAG